GGCUCUCCAGAUAAUCCCGAUUCGUAACACCAUUGAAGUCCCUUUAUUUGACGGGUUGGGGAUGAGGGAGAGGGGGACGAUAUUAAGAAGAAAACAUAAUAAUUUAGCAGAAAACCCUACUUCCUAUACCCCGCCCGUCCCAUCUGCUGUUUUCGGAUCCAAGCCUGUCUGAAAGAGAUUCAAUCAAGAUGAAAAUAAUUGGUGUUGCUGUGUUUGGAGCCAUGUUCUGCACUGUUCUGACUGCUUCCCUGAAAGUCAAAGAAGAACACAAGAUUGCUUUUUUCGGAGAGGAUGUGCACAUCCCACUCCCAUCCCUAGACAGCACUGAGGUUCUCUUCAAGCCCGCCUCCAACCCAACCGCCGAGGUGGUCCUCAUGAGGGACGGGCGGGUGGUGGGCCACCGGGCCCAGCUCAACUCCCUCAAGCACCUCAUCCUGGAGGAUGUGGGGGAGGAGGACGAGGGCAUGUACGUGAUCAAGAACACAGAGGCGCCUGCCGAUGUCAAACACAUCCUCCUCCUCGUCAGGGAUUGCGCUCUGGAGCAGGUGGUUAAGUACGGUGAGACAUACCACAUCCCGCUCAGCGACAUCUUGGGCCCUAUCACCCUGGAGUUCAGGCCCAGUCAAGCCCAGGCCAAUCAGACCACGGAGCCACCGGCGGUGGUGCUGCUCAACCAGACUUCCAUCCCCGCGGAAGAGUACAAGGGCCGUCUGAGUGUGUCUGAGAAAAGGGUGACUCUAAGCAUGGUGCAGGGGACAGACGAAGGUAGCUUCACCGUACUGGACCGCGACGGGAGGGUCAGGAGGAGGUCAUGCCUGAACGUGAAAGAGCACCAGAACUUCGUCCACCUAUCAUAUGGCAGUACUUUGAAGAUCAACCUGUUUGUGGACCACACCAAAGUCAACCUCAUGUACACUCCAGACUGGGACCGGAAGGACCGGGUCAUACUGGAGCAAGGAGAGCUGGUGGUGCCGUUGGACCCUUCACUGGACGGCAGGCUGACUGUAGAAGGCUCCGUGUGCAUUCUGGAGAGGGUCCGGUUCAGUGACAUGGGGCUCUUCAGAGUGACAGACCUGUUGGGGUUCCCUGUGACCAACAUCUACCUGAAGGUAGAAGCGUAUAAGUUACCCACGCUGUAUGUUGCAAUCCUCUCCUUACUGGGCUUCCUGGUCCUCCUCUUGCUGGUGUGCCUGUUCUCCUGCCUGACCAGUGUGCGCCGUCGGGCGGAGAAGGCGCGGCAAAUUGCCCUCAUCGCCCAGCAGGCGGGCAAGGGGGGAUGGAGACGCAUUCGUCAAGGUUGUUCAAGAGGCCUAUACGCGGUUCGCUGAGGAGUCCACUUUGACGUCUACGUGGGACAACAGCAAUGCCACAGAAAGCACGGAGGUCACUAUUAAGGGUCUGGAGGUAUCUAAAGCAGGCCGCUACCACACUCUCUCCUCGGACAAGAACUUCCUGGAGAUGAGCGACUCGGGGGUAGAGUUCAACUCCUCCGGCCUCCCGUUAGACAGCGAAUACGAGACAGACGUGCCCCAGACCUU